GCUCGUGCAGUGAGUGCCGAUGGUCAGGAUCCUGUAGUUCUGAGCGGGGGCUUGACCCUUUGAGGAGGGCAUAUUCUUCUGCAUUUCUCUUGUCGGAUCGCACAUGAUGGGCCGUGUCCACGUCGUCGAAGAGAUGGUCUUUGGACCCCGAUUUCCCGUCGUAGGGAGCACUCUUCUGAGCCCCAAGAUUCGCCGAAGGAUGAGAUCUUGCCUAUGCAGUAGGAUGAAAAGGAAAGCGAUCCGAACAGUGAGACCCCACCACCGUUGAAGACUACUACUUUUUUUUCGAGAAAAAAAAAGAGGAGAGGGAAUGGGAAGCUAGCAACCUCGUUUGAAGCAGAUUUGAAAGCAGGGUCUCGAUCCGGGCCCAAAGCGGGACAGAAGGGCUUACAGCGCUCUGAGAAAGAAAGAUGGAUGCCCUAACCCUGUAUUCAAUCUUUUUUAUGUAUAGCUGUAGCAUUGAACAAUCAGCUUUUCCCGCCCACCAACCCUUGAUGAGCUGGCCGAGCAGACAAAGAGAGUGUGACCUGAGCGUACCAAGAAAAUGAGGCUGGACCGAGGGGUGGGAUCGAGCACAACAUCCUUGAAGAUUACCACUUGCCUCAGACGGAGCGAUGAUAGACCAUUGUACACUUGAACUGACCGAUGAUAAAGCAUCAGCACUGGGAAGAGGUCCCGUCUACCCACGCCAGGCGCGUCAAGCUAUUCAAGUCAGCGAGUUGCCAAUUCGCUUGGACCGAUCUGCUAGCCCCCUCUCCGCUUCCAAAAGGAGUCACCUUUGCUCGAGACUGGCUUUCUCAGCUCCCGAUCCUCCAGGAGAGACAACCAUCAUUAGAACAACAAUAUAGGCCAGCUGCCCUGCCUGGCGAGUUGAGAUCGGCCUCGUGGGUUCGGACAAGGUGAGGAAAGUCCGAAUUCAAGACUACCGACGGUCUAGCCUCCACCUGCGUGAUGAGGUUUGAUGAGACCAGAUAGUGGCAACCGCUUUCGCUAAUAACCGGGUUGACAAAUAUCGUAGAAUAAGGUGGAGGUCAAGUAAAGGGUUUCAGCUAGUGUUGACGAAGUAGUCUAUCUAGGACUUAUGAAAACUGACAACAACUAGGCAACCACAAGAAUUCUCGUAGUUCAUUGAGUUAAGGGAGGACCCUUCCCUUCGUGGGGGUCGUGGAAGAAUCGGGUUCGAUUCCCUUUAUACGCGAUGUGGCGAAAAAGACUGAUUCAACGAGAUACCAUGCCUGCAUUCCAAUUUCAAACGUGUCGUCUACUUCCAGGAAAUGUUCGGAACAGAGAACUUUCUCUAAUACAACGCCGCAUUCUCCGAAGAUUGAGGAACAAGAGGAGAUCCAUGAAAAGAAAUCUUUCUCUGAGAGAAAAUCUCAACAGUAACAUCAAAUCACAAACUACACGAAAGUUGCCCCUUUCUUAUGGGGAUUUACCCAUAAGGGAGAUGCACAGAGGUGCGGAGCAACGAACUUCAUAUAUCCCUUUUCUACUCAAUCAAGAAACAAGAUCGGACGUUAUUCCGGUUCGUCUCCAUUUUAGUGACACUCUUCCUCAAGCAAGGCAGCCGAUAAGUCAUCGAAGGGUUUGUGUGAAUAAUGGACUGGUAAGCAUUACUCAUUUGAAAGUUUCCCACGGUGAUAGAAUAUCUUUUCAAGAAAAUGACGCGAGAACCCGUGGUGAAGAAAUCAGUAGAUCUUUCUAUAUCGACAUAUCAGUUUCAAAAAGAAUAGGAAAAUUCCUGCCGGUCAGAAUGUGGAGAAGAACCAAAACAGAAUGGUUCCGCCUACUCAAAACUCAGAGGGGGUGCCACCUACUACUAAAAUCUCGGUUUUUGCAAGAGUUGCGUUCUUCUAUGCAAGAAGAAGACUUAGAAAGAACAAAGAAGUUUGGAUCCGCAAAAGUCUGCUUAGGCAGUUCCUUCGCUGAGCACAACAGAAUGAAGAGAAAUUUGUUUCAUUUCCAAUCUUUCUUCUUAUCGAAGAGAAGAAACGAGAAAAACCGAAAUCUUCCUACUCGAACAAUCAGUCCUUUUGUUUACAAGUCUUCUUUAUAUAGUAAUUCGACCUAUUGCUCCGGAUCCCCUUUGACUAGGAAGAUUAGAAUAAAAAGGAUAGAACUCCCUACUCAUUAUUCGGAGGUGAAUCAUAAAACACUAAAAGCUGUGGUAUCUUAUGGACCUCACAUAGGUCACAUCCCUCACGACAUCAGAUUGAAAGAUCCAAACCUUCCUCUUCGGAGCGGAAACGGACGUGACCAAAACAUAUAAGAAAAGAUCGGCGUAGUCGCUCAUAGGGACAUAUCUAUCCGGAUAGAGGAUAGUCUCGAUCGAUUCAUAGAUCUAUAUCUCUCUCUAUAGAUAGGUAUCUCCGUGGAUAGAGAUCCCCAUGGAUAAAAAAAAGGCACAUAGUGGUUUUUUACUACUACUAAUCUUUCUUAGACUUCAAGCAAGGCAAUAGUUUCAAUUUUGACUGAAUUGGUCGGAGCGUAGACGAGCGAGCAGAGCCCAGGAAAGAGGUCAUCAUAGAGCAGUCGACUAGAAGUCUAAGACUGCUUGCCUGAGAGAAGGCAGUCUCUCUCGGGAAACAUGGCCCAAUUUAUCUUCUUUCUUUUUCUUUUCAGCAACAUAGGGGUAGGGGAAGAAAAAAGACCAUGAACAUGAGUAAAAAAAGGAAAAAAACGGAUGAUUCUCUUCUUCUUUUUACAAAGGAGGACAAGAGCUCGAAGAUCAAAGAUUUCUUUAGCUUUAGGAAGUUCUUAUGUGUUUUUUAUGUUGGGAAGAGUUUUCGACUUCUCAAUAAAGUCAAGUUCUUGACAAGUCCCAAGGAGAGGCGAUAGCUCGACUGAAAGGAGAGGAAAGAAAAGAAGAGGGAAGCUUGGAUAAGGUUCGAGUUUCGCUGACGCCCUUCACUUCUUUAGUACUGGUAGGAUUGGUCUACCAGCUCCACUCAUACAAGUCAAUCGAGUUCCAGUCGAGAUAGAAAGUACUGGCUCACCGGCGAUCAUACCAUUGAAUAGGUUUCCCAUGACCCGUACAGAAAUCGGUGCAGGGAUCAUGGUUCCAAGUUCGUUCUCGUUGUGGAAGCGAGUGUCUUGCUUGAUCUUUCCAGUCACGCUAAUGUAGAAUUAGGCUUGAGCACAAGGAACUUCACUGCACAAUUGAAAGAGAAAGAUGAGAGAAAGAUCGAUUUGAGAACAGACGAUCUGCGGCAUAGACUCUUUCCAUGACAUGAGAGAGAAUCCGCUUUGUCCAUGAGUGGUAUUUUUCCUUCGACGUAGGAAGCAUCGAAUUGCAUGUUUUCAGCAUGAUUAGGCUGAGGGAAGAAAGCUCUGAGAAACAUACGUGUAAAUAACAGAAGUUUGUUUCACAGAAAAAAAAGAAUUCAG